UCGGAGUCAGGUGAGCGCGGAGCCGGGACGGAGCAGGACACUUCGAACCGGACCGGAGCGGACCGGAGCGGGCCAGACCAGGCAAGACCGGACCAGAGCGGACCGGACGACCCGAUGAAGUUCACCCGGGAUAUCUGCAGGCUGCUCGGCUUGGGAGCCGAUGGACCCGGAGAGAAGAUGGAGGUUCAGGAUGGAGCUCCCAACUCACUGGACAGAAGAACAGAUCGCGGUUUAUCUCAGGACCUGCUGAGCAGCGAGGACGGUUUGGAUGAAGAGAAGAAGAACAAGAAGAAGACGAGGAGGAGCAGAGCUGAGAAGAGGAGAGACAAAAGAAAAAGGCAGAAGGAGCGCAGGAAGCUGGAGAGGAGAGACGGGACGGCGGACGCUUCACAGCAGCAGGACGAGGAGGGGAUCGGCGCCGGGUCAGACGGUGGCAGUGAGGACGGCAUGAAAGAAGAAGACGAGAAAGAAGAGUGGACUUCCGCUCAGCGCAGGACCAGGAGCGAGCGGCAGCUGACCAGGAGCCCCGAGGAGGAGCCGGAGUGGGACGUCAGCUGUGCGUUCGUAGCAAACGCCGCCAGCAGCAUCAAGCUGAAGGUCCUGAAGAGCAGAACAGCUCAGAACAAAGAGAAUGAGUCCAGAGGCGCUCAGAUGGAGAGUACAGAAGACAUGAAGCGGCGAGGAGAGUCUCUGACAGCCCAGGGCAUUCAGAUGUUCGAGCAAGGCCAGUACAACCAGGCGGUGGACAUGUUCACCGAGGCCAUGUCCUGGGACCCGAACGACCACCGGUUCUAUGGAAAUCGCUCGUACUGUUACUGGUGCCUGGAGCAGUACUCCUCAGCACUGACCGACGCUCAGAGGUCCAUCCAGCUGGCUCCCCAUUGGCCGAAGGGACAUUUCCGUAAAGGGUGCGCUCUGAUGGGGUUAAAGCGGUACAGCGAGGCGGAGCAGGCCAUGGAGCAGGUUCUGAGGCUGGAUCCGAGCUGUAGAGAAGCAUCCAGUAAGCUCUUCGCCUGCCGGGUCCUGCAGCUGGUGGCGAUGGGGUUUGAGGAGGAGCAGAGCAAACACCUGCUGGACAAAUUCAACACCAUUCAGGCAGUGGUCAACUCACCCGAGGCCAAAACGAGGAAGACGACGUCACAGCAGGAGCAUCAUGGAGGCUGCCGGUCUCUCUGGGUUGGAAACGUCAACGUGGAAGUGACGGAACAAGACCUGAAGGAUCUGUUCAGAUGGUUUGGUGAGAUCGAGUGCGUCCGAGUUCUUCAUGAGCGCUUCUGUGCCUUUGUCGACUUCAAGAACGCCAACAUGGCUGCUAAGGCCCUUGAGAAGCUGCAGGGCGCGGAACUAAAGAGCAGCAAGCUAGUGAUGAGGUACCCAGAUCGCUGGACCCAGCGGACCCCGCCCAGCACGCAGCAGACCACCUCCAGCCUCAACCCCACCGCCGACAGGACUCAGACAGGUUUCUCUGCCACGGGGUAGCGCGCGACUGACCAGAGUGUCGAGUUAUUAUGCUGUUCUUGUUUGAUUGACCCAUGAUUGUCCUUCCAGAAGAUCCUUUCUUCUUUCCACAAAUGUUACAUUUUACCUUUUAUUGGACGUGUCAAGUGAAAGGUCAGGACGUGUCAGGGAAGGUUUAGUGUUCAGACAGCAACGUUCUGAAAACAAUGUCUGUUUACAUGUAAAUGGCAGAAACGCUGAAAAUUAGGUAGUUAUCGUGGCAGGAAAUUAGCUGGUGCUGUUCUUUGUUUUGUAAUGAAACUACAAACACAUACAAGCUAAGAGCAAUACGUUACUGUCUAAGAUGAGUCUGCAGACAGUCGCUGGAUUGCUGCUCUGGGUGACUGUCAGCUCUAAAGCCACCAAGUCCCAGGAGAAUACGGACUGGGAGUCAUAACGCUCUGAGGUCGCCAUUGUUGUUAUUGCCAGGCUACUCACACAUGCUGAAGAACACUUCACUAAGGAAGUGGUGUGCAUCCAUCGCAGCAGUAUUUCAGAAAAUUCGAUUUUUCCCGUUUCCACACAAUCGGAGCGUUUUCAAAAAGUGACAGUCAUGAGCCAUUCUCAAAAAGUUGCAUUUAUGGUGACUCCGAGCCAGUGUUCAUUUUGACAUGAAUUUUUCAUUUCAUUUUAGUUUUGGUCACUCACCAAAGACUUGAUUUAGUUAAAGUCACAUUUGAGUUUUUUUAGUUUUUUAAGUUUUGUGUUGCUUUAGUUCAAAUUGAAUCUGUGGAAAUUAGUUUUAGUUUUUAGUCUUAAUUUUAGUCUUGAUGAAAUUUGACAGUUUUGUUGUACUGUAGUACAUUAGAUAGAUAGAUGGAUAGAUAGAUAGAUAACUUUAUGGUCCCAGUGGGAAACCUGUCUUGGGAAAACUGCUACAUCAACAUACUGUACAUCUAAAUAUAAAAACAAUACAGCAUAAAAAAAACAAACAGCAGCAGAAGUGCAAAGGGAUAUUUGUCAUGAUUGUAAAAACUCCAUUGUAAGCAUAUCUUUAAUUAUGUUUAGAUAUUUAAAUUUAGAAUUUAUCACAUAACUCUUGUAUAUGAAUAUCUAAGGCUUGUUGGAAAAAAAUUUAAAUACAUGAACUUCAGAUUCUUUCUGUAAAUUCUCACAACAAAUGACAACCUGCAAGAAAAAAGGCUCCAAUCAUAAUGACCAGCAGGUGGCGGUAAUGCAACCAACGGGAUGCAAGCUGCCGUAAAACAUCACAGAAGAAGAAGAGAAGCACAACAGCAAUCACGGGACUGAGUGACAGUGCUGUGGUGCUGCGUCUCAGUACCGGAGCCGGACCGGAGCCGGUGAGCCCGGCGUGAGGACGGUUAAACCCAGCUUGUCCGGUGGCCAGCGGCAGCUUUUUCGUUAUGUUUUUGCUCGUCUGUUCAUAAUGUCCAGAGAUUUUGUUUUAGUUUUUGUAGUCAUUACUUAUUAAAUUUACUUUCUCGUCACAAAUUAGUCAUGGAAUAAAGGGUCCUCAACGAAUGGUUUUUGUUAAAGUUUUUGUUGACAGAAUUAACACUGCUCCGAGCCGCAAAACAACAAUAAAAGUUUUACAUUUUCAGUUGAAAACGAUGUCGUGUAAACAGGGCAACAGAAGCUUCCCCUUCACACAGGUCCAGACGGAAACUAGCUGAUUUUGGAGACGAGUGUUUCCACUGGCGAACCACAGGCUGCUUCUAGGGAGACAAGGGUCGGUUCACACACAUUCCUGAGCAGUAAGGUCGAGACAAGACACUUUGACAACACUGAUUGUUCCAGUGAAGGAGACAGAAUGAGAAACAGGAAGUACAGAGAUGAGACUGGAGGUGGUGCGACACGAGGAGGACCGGCCUGGGAUGGACUGAGACAGUGUGAAACAGAAAGAGCCGUGCGUCUUACCUGAUGGGGAACAUCGUGCAGAUCCUCAUCUCACGACGACAGCUCGAUCACGGUCCUCAGAAAAGCCGAUUCUUAAACUGCCUUGACGAGACGACAGAUUAGCUUCCAUUGCAUUAGAUUCUGGAAAAUGAAGUGAGGAGGAACUCCUGGUUUCCAAAAUAAUGUCGUAGUUCAGUUGUUGGUUUGAGUCAGAUCCUGAGUCCAACAGAGUCUUUUUGCUGUCACAGAACUUUGUCAUUUUUCUGACCUGUAAAAAGAAUAAUGCUGGAAAUGUUUGACCGUAUUUACUCAGAAUAAUAAAUCAAC